GGCAGAGGAAUUAUCCAAGUAGCCGUUGGCUGUCGUAUCCUUUCAUGUCUAAACUUCUAGACCCUUCAAUUUUCAAAAAGUUGAACCUCGCAGUACGCUACUUGUCGCAGCAAUUCCAUCGCCACAGCAAUUUCGGAGUCAAGAAGAAUCCGUCAUUGGAGCUCUUGAAACUGCGGCAGAUUCACUCGCUUCUCAUCGUCUCUGGAUUUUCUCACCACUCAUCAUUUCUCACAAGACUGCUCCUUCACUGCCUCUCCCUUCCUACCUUUCCUAGCGCCUAUGCUGUUUCCAUUUUCGACCAAAUACGCGACGCCAAUGUCUUCACUUACAACGCCCUUAUCAGAGGUUUCAGUUCCGACCCACAAAAUGCCAUUUUCGUCUAUAUUAGGAUGCGCCAAGAGGGUGUCUUACCCAAUAAGCACACCUACCCUUUACUGCUCAAGUCUAAAAGCAAAGUGCCUUUGCAGAUUUUCGCGCAGGCAAUUAAGUUUGGUUUCGGUUGUGAUCAUUUUGUGCGCAACUCUUUGGUUUCUGCCUUAUCCAAUUGUGGGCUCAUUGAGAGUGCUCGCCAGGUGUUUAAUGAAAUGACGCGCAAGGAUGUUGUCGCCUACACUGCGUUAAUGGAUGGAUAUGUUAGGAAUGCUCGUGCUUUUGAGGCGCUGGAACUCUUCCUAGAGAUGAGAGUUUUGGGGGUUUGCGUGGACGAGGUUGCUGUUGUCAGCGCUCUGUGUGCUGUUGGAAUGCUGGGCUGUCUUUGGCUUGGGAGGUGGAUACAUGGGUUCUUUGUUGAGUCGGGAAGAGUUGUCCGAGACUUUUAUGUUGGCAGUGCUCUUAUUGACAUGUAUUCCAAGGGUGGUUGCUGUGACGAUGCACUUAAAGUUUUUCGUGAUAUGCCUCAUAGGAAUCUUGUUUCCUGGAGUGCUUUAUUGGCUGGUUAUGUGCAGUGCAAAAGGUUUAAGGAUGUCCUGCUUCUUUUCCAGGAAAUGCUAGUUGAGAAAGUCAAACCUAAUGAAGCUACAUUAGCAAGUGUUCUCACAGCAUGUGCACAGCUUGGCGCAUUGGAUCAAGGGAGGUGGGUCGAUAAGUAUAUAGUUACACGAAAAUUAGAAUUAAAUUCAGUACUUGGGACUGCUUUGAUUGAUAUGUAUGCCAAGUGUGGGUGCAUCAACAAAGCAUUUUGUGUUUUCGAGAGGAUUCAUGCAAAAGAUGUAUACCCAUGGACAGCGUUAAUCUUUGGGCUGGCAAUCAAUGGCGAUGCGAUGGGCUCCCUGAAUCGCUUCUCUCAGAUGGUCAGUGGUGGGGUGCAACCCAAUGAGGUUACCUUUACUGCUGUUUUAAGUGCUUGUUCUCAUGGAGGACUUGUGAAUGAGGGACAGCACCUGUUUUCAUCGAUGGGUGGUGUUUAUGGUAUAAAACCCACUGUUGAUCACUAUGGUUGUAUGGUUGAUCUCCUUGGUCGGGCAGGUCGUUUGCAGGAAGCAGCAAAGUUGAUUGAAGACAUGCCAAUUGAGCCUAGUGCUGGCAUAUGGGGUGCUUUGUUUGGUUCUUGCAUGAUUCACAAGGACUAUGAGCUGGGCAGAAUUGUAGGGAAUCAUCUAAUUAGGUUACAGCCAUACCAUAGUGGAAGAUACGCCCUUUUGGCAAACUUGUAUUCUAAAUGCCGCAAUUGGGAAGCAGCUGCUAACAUGAGAAAAAAGAUGAAUGAAGUUGGAGUAGAGAAAACUCGAGGAUGUAGCUGGAUUGAGUCGAAUGGUGCACUUCACGAGUUUGUUGCCUUUGACAAAUCACAUGCCGCCUCAGUAACUGUAUAUGGCAUCCUGGACAACCUUACAGCUCAGAUACAACAGCUUCCUUUUCUUCUGGAUCCCAGUCUUCUCGAGUUUUAAACCUAUGGAAUUCUCGGAGAAAUGGCUACAGAUAUUUCAAGCAUUUUGGAGGGCACCGAGGUAUUCGCCGUGAUUUAAUUAUGAUAAGUCAAUCGAGGGUAAUUAUCAAUUUUUAUUUAUUUAAUUUUGUUAAUAUCAGCAAAUUUAGUGAAAUUUAAUUAACAGAGGGACUUAUUUGUUGGACGAAAGCAAAUAUCAGGAGUACUAGAUACAAUUUUUCAAAUCAUAGGGGUUCUACGUAUAAUUACACUAAACGUCAAAAAAGGGGAGUAUAAUUAUCCUCAUUUGUU